AUUAUUCCAAUUGGUAGAUGUGCUUUCGCAAAUUGCAUGCAUCAGAUUCUGGUUCUAAUUAAAAAGAUAUGAUUUCCACUUACAUGUAUAUAUAAAUUCCCCUCAGGAUGCUGAAAAGGAGGUCAGAAUGUUGAAACAAGAGAUUGAAAUACUCCAGAAAGGCAUCAGCUACAUGUUAGGAGGGGGUUCUGGGACAAUGACACUGGAAGAGCUGCUUGUGCUUGAAAAGUAUCUUGAGAUUUGGAUUUGUAACAUACGUUCAACAAAGAUGGAUAUCAUGUUUCAAGAGAUUCAGUUCUUGAGAAACAAUGAAGAGCUUCUCAAGGCUGCCAAUAAGUACCUUCAGGAAAAGAUGGAGGGGAACACUGGAGUGACUGAUUUUGCAUCAUUUGCCACUAACAUACAAAAUGAUUCAUUUAGUACUUUCAGUAGUACUAACUACUAACACUUCAGUUUAGAGGGAACACUUAUUAUAUAAGUGUGUUGUGUGUAAGCUGGAAUGAUGUUGCUCAAUAAUAUUGAGUUCUCAUCUUUCUUGUGUGGAAAAAGUUACCAUGAUAUAUGUUUAGAUAAUUUGGCCCAUAAUACCACUUACUACUAUAAAAAAAAAAAAAAAAAUCUAUAUGUUGGGUUUUUUUGGAUUGGGUACUGCGAUUAUAAAUGAUGGAAUCUACAUAAAAAAAAAAAAAAAAAAAUCUAUAUGUUGGGUUUUUUUGGAUUGGGUACUGCGAUUAUAAAUGAUGGAAUCUACA